AUGGCGUCAGCAUCCCAUCCCACCCUCAUCAACCUCCCUCCCCCUACCUCCAGGCCAGACACCCCCUCUGAGAUGCCCGGCACCCCCACGAGCACCACAACGUCCAUGUCUGCCCUCUCUACCACCGCUAUCAAAGAUGGUCAUCGAGGUCACUUCCCUCAGGGUCCCGCUGGCAGCCGCGGUCACACCCACCACCCCUCCACCACGAGCCUCGAGGCCGAGCGCGCCGAUCGCAUCUCCCGCCUCGCCGGACUAGAGCGAGUCUCGACUUUGCGCGCCCCGCUGAACCAACAGAAUGUCGCCUCUUCCAUCUCUCCCCAGACCACCCCCACCUCGACUGGCUUCCCUCCCGGCUACCCGCCCAGCACCCACCUCACCCCUGCCUACUUCGACGUCCACGGUCAGCCCACGGCUGUCACCAAGAUGAGCACCGUCGGUACCGCUAGCGCCACCGAGAGCUAUGUUGGCGAUGACAACGAGACCCGCACCGCCCCCGGCGAGCAGGACGAGGACAUGUUCAGCAUGGAUACCAACUACCGCGAGGCCGACUCCGUCGCCAGCACGAGCGCUGACCCCGAACAGAUGGACGAGGACACCGCCCGCUCCACCGGGGGCUAUGACGACCGUAUGAGCGACGACGGAUCCGCCAGCCUCGUCGGCUUUGGCGAGGGCGCCAACAGUACCGUCUCCGGCCCCAUCUACCAGCGCCGCCCCAUACCCGGUGUCGCCGGCCAGGCCGGCGUCUGGGGCCUAGAGAGAAGCGCCUCCGGCCUCAGCAACGACGGCAUCCCGACGCAGCGGAAUCGCGACGUGGUCAUGGGAGGUGAUACCCCAACGAGCGCCGCUGCCAUGCAAGAACGACGUGACGCGCGCAUGACGGACGGUACGACCACCGACAGCCCCGGAGUGCCCGGUGACGAGAUGUACGUCGACACCACCAACAAAUUCCCUGUCCCCACCUCUCAGCUCACCCAAGAAGGCAAAGUCAACACAAUACCCACAACUAGAGAUGCCGCCGAGCGCCUCCUACGGGAGAAGCUGGACGGCGGCGAGUUGCGCCCGGGUAACGCCACGCUGGGAAGUGCCCAGGGCGGCGACAAGCUCGGCAAGUUCUACUUUGAAGAGCGGAAAUAA